AUGGAGUCGACAACAACUUCUUAUAAUAUGAGGAGUCCAGCUGUUAAAAGGCUUUUAAAAGAGGCUCGCGAAUUACAACAAGAUACUUGUAGCGAUUAUACAGCCCAACCACUUGAGAAUAAUUUAUUUGAAUGGCAUUUUGUAAUUCGUGGACCUGAUUCAACAGAAUUCGAAGGUGGAAGAUUUCAAUGUUUUCAAACAGACUAUCCUCAGAAUUUGGAUUGGUCAGACAAUGGUGUAGCAUUGAUCCCUAAUCCUGCGCACUUAUAG